CUUAAACUCUAUUUUAGUUUUAGCUUUAAAGUUCAAGAAAGAAAAUGGGUGUAGAGAGCAAAGUAUUCACAUAUUCAGAUGUCUCUGCACACAAAACUUCUGAUGAUUGCUGGGUUAUAAUCAAUGGAAAGGUCUAUAAUGUUACAAGCUACUUAGACGAGCAUCCCGGCGGUGACGAAGUCAUACUGGGACAGGCAGGUAACGAUGCAAGUCAAGAAUUCGAAGAUGUAGGCCAUGGCAGCGCUGCAAGACUAAUGUUGGAUGAAUUCUACGUUGGCGAGGUGGACUCCACCACAAAAGUUGAAGUUGUGGAUUCGCCACCGGUGGUGGCCAAAGAUUCCGGCGUCAAGCCGGAGGAGUCAACUAAGUUUCUUCAUUUUCUUCUUUCACUUGGAAUACUAGGAUUGGCUUUGGGGGUUUUACUAUUCAACUUCUCAAGAUGAUUAUAUCAAUUCUCUCCUUUACUAGAAAAAAUUGUUUGAAAUAAAUUUGUAACUGAUAUUAAUGUUUUUAAUAUAUUCCUAUUCCACCUGCUUUAGAGUUAA